AUGCAAGCAGCGGGUCCUUUUCGUGCGCUCCAGCAAUGGAAGGAUGCGCAAGAGGCCUUGGAUCAUGCCGUGCAGCACUAUCUUGAAAGCACUAUAUUACUUCAGUCUCAAACUCAUAAUAGUGCCUGCUCUGUCGAAUCACAAUCCGUACGGAACACUUUGUCUGAAACUUGGAUCAACAAAGCGCCGAUUCCUGAUAAACACUCAAUACUUGCGCGGGCCCAGGUUCAUCUCAACCAAAUGCGAAACUCGAUGAUCCAGGUUAAUAGUUUGCCACCCGAACUCUUGCUUAGGAUCUUCCGCUUUGUUGCUAGCACUUUUCGCGCGAUCGAGAAUCAAUCCAUCACGACUCCCUCUCCUUCUCAUCAAGAUAACUACAAAGACUUGAUCAUUGCUACUCAUGUUUGUUCUUAUUGGCGGAACAUUCUUAUUAGUACGCCAUCGUUCUGGUCUCGGUUCGAUUUCGAUAUGCGGAAUAAGAUCGAGGCGGAAUAUGAACGGGCCGAACUGUACUCAAACCGAGCUUGCGGAGUGCCCCAAUCCUUAUUUAUCGAAGAGCACGCCUCGCGUUAUUUCUAUCACGAGAGCUUUGACAUAUUUCAGAACCUUUUCCGGUCACGGCUAGACAACUUAACACAAAUAGUCAUGCUCAAUUUCUCGAGCCUUGACCUCGUGAGGGAAACAAUGUCACAUUGGCUGCAACACGGGAGGCCAGGGACGCUUCGUGCUUUGACAAUUCAGAUGGACUCAAAAGUUGAGAUAUCCGAGCCAAUCCAAACCAAACACCGCGAUUUCAUCGGAAGAAUGUCCCAAAUGCUAGACCCAAUUCACUCGCUCUCUCUUUUAGGCGUGGUAUUCGCCUGGGACAGCCUAAUCUACCACAAUUUAACCCAGUUACACAUCGGCGGUAUCCCUUACGAGGUUUCUCCACAUAUACACAAUGUUCUAGAUAUUCUUUCCAAUAGCCCAAGGCUACAAAAACUGAGGAUCAAUAAUAUGGCAAUCCUUCAAUGCGAUCAAGUCUCCACCCAUCCAGUUUAUCUCACAGAACUUGAGCAGCUGGAGCUAAUGGAGCUAACCUAUGAAAGCCUCGAUGUGCUACUACCGAUGAUCUUCCCUCAGUCAAAGGGUCUUAAUAUUCGUAUAACUCUCUUGUCUAUCGACGACCAUGUGGUAUCGGCAAUUAACUCGUUCUUGGGUCGUACCGAUGUCGCCCGACUAUGUGCACAACAAGAUUUGAUCGCUCGGUGUUUACCGGCUGUGCCAAACAUAUCCACCCUCAUUGUUGAUCUCAAGGGACAACCCGAAGAUUCAUGUCUUUCCAAAUUCUCCUAUAUUGACGCUUCAACCGGUGUGCGAGUCCUCCGAUGCCCCAACCUUCAGACACUGCAUCUUCACUCGGGAUCCAUUCCCAUAGAAGCUAUCCAAGAAGUGAUCGAAACGCAUCCUACCAUACGAAAACUUUGGUUUUCCACUUGUUAUAUUGAACCAUUCGAGGACGAGCUUUUGUAUUGGCUGAAGCCUUAUGUGGAGAACGUUCGUUUUGAUCCAAGGUUAGGCGAGGGGGCGACUGAUGAUUGGACUCAUGUUAUGAUUUGA